CUCUAUAUUACAGCAAAUUAAAUGAUCCAGAAAUUGAGAAUAUUAGUAAAAUCGAUCAAGAAAUUAGAUAUAUAAUUAAAUAAUGUAUGCAGCAAAGCAAAAGGCGGCCGACGCCGGCGCCGUCGCCAAGGAGCACGUCGAUAUCCUCAAGGCCAAAGCCCAAGAAAAGGCAGAGAGAGCUGCGGCGAGGACCAAGGAAGGCAAAGAAAUAGCCAAGGAGGUAAGGAAAGCCAAAGAAGCCGAAGCCAAAAUGGAGAUGCACCAAGCCAAAGCGCAGCACUUGGAGGACAAGCUCCAUGGAAAGCACCGCCGCCUCUUCGGCGGCCAUCAAGCCGCCGCCGCUGCUCCGCCGACGGGACCGGUGGCUCCUGCCUUUCCUUACGGCGGACAGCCGCCACCACCGCCGAUAUGAUCGCCUAAGUAAUUAAUUUAGGGUGAUCACCAAAGAAUUAAUGUUAUUCGUUAAUUGUGCCUUAAUUUGUCCGUUUUUGUAACUUGUGGGGUUUAAUUAUAUUCAUUGUAAUGCAUUUCUUUUGUCUGUUUAAA